CGCUUCACGGCUCUCGUCUGCCAGCUCUCUGUUCUCCUGCUUGUCGGCCUUCUUCUCCUCUGUAAUCCACUCCCAUUACCAUUCCCAUCUCAUCCACCAUGGCCGAUGAUGCGCAGCAUGAACACACCUUUGAGAGCGCCGACGCUGGCGCCUCAGCCACCUACCCGAUGCAGUGCUCUGCCCUGAGGAAGAACGGCUUCGUUGUCAUCAAGAACCGCCCUUGCAAGAUCGUCGAGAUGUCCACCUCCAAGACAGGCAAGCACGGCCACGCAAAAGUCCACCUGGUCGCCAUCGAUAUCUUCACCUCCAAGAAGCUCGAAGAUCUUUGCCCUUCCACCCACAACAUGGAAGUUCCCAAUGUGUCUCGCAAGGAAUAUCAAUUGCUGGACAUCACCGACGAUGGCUUCCUGUCCCUCAUGUCCGAUGACGGCUCUCUCAAGGACGACGUCAAAUUGCCUGAAGGUGAUAUUGGUGAGAAGAUCGUGAAGCUCUUCCGCACCGAGGAGAAGGACACCAACGUCGUUGUCUUGACUGCCAUGGGCGAGGAGGUUGCCAUGGAUGCCAAGGAAGCUCCCCGCUCUUAAGUCUAACUUCUAUGCAAAGUAGUUUAGUCUUGAAAUGUGUUUAUGCUCCGUUUCUUUCCCCCUCUCUUCCUUUGACGUGCUGAUGUGUUUGUCUAUUUUACUUAACUCCUUAGUGCAAAGGCGUGUUUGAGAUUUGAAACCCAGUCGCCGUUCCCCACCAACCCCUAACCCUGCCGAAUUUCUUUUUUGUCCUUUUUUUUUCAUUAUGUCCUGGGGGGAAAUAUGCGAACGACCAUGGGAAGCGGGAAAAGGAAGGAAGGAUAUAAAAGGAAAAUAGCAAAAAUAUAUAGCAGAGAGAAAAAACUGACUGAGACCUUUUCCUUAUGCUUCAUUGAGCAAAGGGAAAAGGGAAAAAAUAUCUUACAUCUUUCAGUUUUCAUCCGUUUUCAUCAUUCCCUCAUUUCCCCUUCCGCCCCCCGCCCCCCGGGCUACCUCCUUUUUCGUUUUCUUUUCCAGGACAGAAAUGCCAAUUUAAAAUAAAAGAUGGGACCGUGAUGAAGGGUUGGAUUAGUGUUUUGUUUUCCCUUUCUUUUUGAUUCAUCAUUUAAUCCUUCCUUUGACCUUCUGAUGAAAAACUUCAAUGGGUAAAGGAGGAAAAGAAGAAGCCGAGGAGAGGAGAGGAAGGAGAAAAAAGUAAAAAGAAAGCCUGCAUAAAAAUAAAUAAUACAAAAAAGAUAUCUAUAGCUAUAGCUAUUUUCUAGAAACGUUUGUGCUGCUUACUUGUUUUAAGUU